CCCUCACCGAGAGAAGGCUCUGGUUUUCAUUCAGUCCCUAUUGGGGGAAAACAGGGGUAGGAGUAUUUUGCGUUCAGCAGCAUGGAAGUAACCAAAGGAGAGGAGCGGCUGAAUGAACAGGCAGCGACUUUAUUUGGGACAGAGCUGGAGAGUCAAAGGAGAAACACUGAGCGGGGAAGGAAGAGGAGCUUCCAGUGUAAAAUCAUUGCUGGGGUUCUGCUGCUGUGCCUGCUGGCGGUCAUCCUGGCUGUGGCGUUUUCGCUGAGAAAAGGCAGUAAUGGGAAAGAAGGGGAGGUCUGGCUGCAGGCGACUUCUGAGGAGGCUCAACAGCCACAGUGUCCACCUGGUUUUUCCCGUCACCCUCUCAUCCUGGUGUCCUUGGAUGGUUUCAGAGCGGAAUAUCUGAAAGAUCACAGCAGCCACCUUCCUGUCAUCAACAAAUUACGAAAUGCUGGAACAACAACACCACACAUGAGGCCUGUUUAUCCCACAAAGACCUUCCCAAACCACUACAGCAUUGUGACUGGUCUUUAUCCCGAGUCUCACGGGAUUGUGGACAACAAGAUGUACGAUGUGAUCCAUGACAAUUUCUUCAGCUUGAAAACAAAUGAGAAAUUCAACCCACAAUGGUACCAAGGACAGCCAGUCUGGGUCACUGCCAUGCAUCACAAAUUGAAAACAGGAACCUUUUUCUGGCCGGGCUCAGAUGUGGCUAUCAAUGGCACCUUCCCAGAUCUUUACAAAAUAUAUGACAAGAGCAUUUCAUUUCAGAGCAGACUGUCGACGCUGUUUGAUUGGCUCGAUUUACCUCAGGGACAAAGACCUGACUUCUACACAUUGUACAUGGAUGAACCUGACUCAUCAGGACAUCGUUAUGGGCCAGCAAGCAAACAAGUCAUUUCGGCCUUGGAGAACGUGGACAAGAUUUUGGGCAUGCUGAUGGACGGCCUGGUGGAGAGGAACCUGCAACACUGUGUCAACUUGCUGAUCGUAUCCGACCACGGCAUGGAGGAGGCUUCCUGUGAAAGGGCGGCGUUUGUGUCAACCUACCAGGAAAAUACUGACAGCUUUUCUAUCAUCCAAGGCCCAGCUGCUCGCAUCAGACCCACUCGGCUCCCAGGGGAUUUUUUUUCCUUCGACUUUGACAGUCUGGUGAAGAACCUGUCGUGCAGGGUUCCUAACCAGCCAAUGAGGCCGUACCUCAAAGAAAACCUCCCCAAAAGGAUGCACUUUGCUAACAACCUGCGCAUAGAGAGAGGACAUCUCUAUAUGAAGCUGGGCUGGCAGGCAGCGCUUGACAGGAAGGAAAUCAAGUACUGCACCGGUGGAUUCCACGGCUCAGAUAACCUCUUCACCAACAUGCAGGCAAUCUUCAUCGGCUAUGGUCCAGGAUUUAAAAAAAAAUCUGUUGUGCCACCUUUUGAAAACAUUGAACUGUACAACCUCAUGUGUGAUCUCCUCGGUAUUCGUCCCGCUCCAAACAACGGGACUCACGGCAGCCUGAACCACCUCCUGCAGAAUCCAUUCUACUCACCAGUUCACCCAGCUCAGCUCUCCCAUGACAAACCCUGUGAGGCCAGUAACCCCGUUCCCACUGAUGACCUCCAGUGCAACUGUUCAUCCCAAACCAAGGCCAUGGAGACGGAUAUGAACAGACAUCUCAUGACGACCAAUUCCAGUGCUAAAGUCAGCUUACGUCGCCUCCACCAUCCUUUCGGCACCCCUCAAGUCGUCCAAUCAGGUGCCACAUUUUGUCUCCUGCACCAGUCUGACUACCUCAACGGAUACAGCCAAGACCGCCUCAUGCCCCUCUGGGUGUCGUACACCAUCCAGCCUCUGACCAGAGUCCGACCCCUGAGCCCAGAGUUGGAGGCGUGUGUUCGUGCUGACGUACGCAUCCCACCAGCCGCCAGCCAGCUUUGUCUUCGCUAUAGAAGCAACUCAAGUCUGUCCUAUGGCCUGCUGCAUCCCCCCAAUCUGAGUGCAAACGGUCCUGAGACAGAUUCUCUUAUCACAAGCAACAUGGCACCAAUGUUCCCUGCAUUUAAAGAUGUUUGGACCUAUUUCCAUGAUGUCCUGCUUCCAAAGUAUUCACAACAGCUGAACGGAGUCAACGUCAUGAGUGGGCCAAUAUUUGAUGAAAACUUUGAUGGAAAUGUAGAUACAUUGAAAACGGUCUCAGGGAAUGAGGCUCCCAUCCCGACACAUUUCUUCGUGAUCCUGACCAGCUGCGGGAACUCGGCCUUCAGCCCUGUUAACUGCGAGGGCCCACUGAAAGCUAGGUCCUUCAUCCUGCCCCACAGACCUGACCACACAGAGAGCUGUGCUAAUGGGUCAGACUUGACGUGGGUGGAGGAGUGGCUACAUUUUCACACAGCCCGAGUUCGAGACGUCGAGCUCCUGACCGGGCUGAGCUUCUACCACGGCAGGCUAUCAGUGGAAGAGACACUACAGCUCAAGACGUUUCUACAUGUAUCUUAAAAUCAGAGACACCAUCGAAUAAAGGAAGUCAUAGGAAGCCAUAGGUCUGCACAACAGGCCCCUGUCCACGUGGACACACAGUUAACCUACUCUCAGUGGGUUUAACAGGUGCCUCACUUACUUAAGUUUCUGGUUUUCACACCAUAUUAAUCCCAGCAUUAAAUUCCAUCCAUCCAUUUUUUUUGUAAUAUGUCUGAUUCCAAAACAAAUUUUUACAAUUAUUCAGUGCGUGAAAGCCAUGCAUUUGUUUUUAAUAAUGUUUUUAAAGAUGACUGUACAGAGAAAAGUCAGAGAGUAUUUUUUAUAAAUGAGGCUCCAGAGCUUUGAACCAAAGACGCCAUCACAUCUGCUGAAUGGCUUCAGAGUAUUUCCUCAGAAGUGGAGACUAAAACCAAAGGGAAAAGGAAACAUUUAUCAGUCAAAGAACUAUUUAUACCACAGAUGCUUUUAUUGGUAGGGGCAUUUCAGGAAAUGCCCCAACCAUGACAAUCUGGAAACAUUUGCGUCUGCUGCUUGUUGAGGGAAUCCUUCCACACAUCUGGAGGACUGGCUGCGACAGCUGGAAAAAACACCCAACGUGAGAAUUUAAGAAAAAAAAUAAGUUUUGCUCCUCAAAAAGCUUUCACCUGCAAAAUGUUCACAUUGCAUUUCCAUGGUUGUUAUUGUUGUAUUUUCUUUAUACGGCACCAAUGCUGUAUGUAGUAUUUUGUAAAUUUUUGGUUUGGUUAAUGACAUUUCAUUAGAGAUAAUUAUUCAUUUCAGUGUGUGUGUGUGUGUGUGUGUGUGUGUGUGUGUGUGUGUGUGUGUGUGUGUGUGUGUGCGCGCGCAUGUACAGUAUGUGCAAUAUAUGUAUGGAUGGACUUUGAUAAAUUUGCCCUUGAGCACAGACAUGUAAAAGGCCCCACACCUCUCCUGCAUAGGAGCAAGACACUCUUGACUGAAAGACACAUAAAAUAACUACAAACAUGACUUGUUUGUAGUCAUGUGUGCAUUUCUUUGUGGUCAUUCUAAUCUUAGGUCAUUUUACAUGGUUGUUUUGCAGUUUUUCAUGGCUGUUUGGUCUCUUUUUAAUGCUUUUGUUCCUCUUUGUAGUCAUUUUGCCUCUGCGGUCAUUUUCGCCUCUUUGUGGCUGAUUUUAGUCGUUUUGCACCUGUAACCAGUAACAUUUGCAGGUGAAGCAGAAUUCUCAGGUGAUGACUACACCGAUCCUCACCCACCUUCUCUGUUGGGCUGUGGAACUGCCAGUCUGCAGUGAACAAAGCUAAUUUCAUUCCUGCCCACGCUAACCAGCUACCCCUUGAGCUACUGGCUCUCACUGAGACUUGGGAUCAAACCAGAAACUUCCCAUCUGUCCAGACGAGGAGGAGGAUCUGGCUUCCUAAUUUCCAGCCAAUUAAAAUUCAAUCAACUGUUGCCUCCAAACAACCAUGCUGUUAUGGUGACUUCUCUGGUAAAAGUCUCUGUGGUUGUCAUUUAUCAACUACUACAACUGCUCUGCAGACGCCAACAUCAACUUAACCUCUUUAAGAUUGUAUUCUUAGUCUUCCCAGCCAAUCAAUAAAAAUUCACUUCCUCCCUCAACCUAGCAAAGGUUGCGUCAUGAUAGAUGACCAGCUAUCCUGACUAAGUACGCCACACAACUCCCGGUACAGGCCAUGAUUAUCUCUCGCUUCGGCUACUUAAGUGCCCUUCUGGCUGGUCUCCCAGCAUGCACAGUGAAACCCUUACUGAUGGUCCAGAAUGCGGCGGCGCAUCUGGUUUUCGAUCGACCUAAAAGGGCACACGUCAGUCUGCUGCUCAGUGACCUCCACUGGCGACUCAUGGCCACCAGAAUCAAAUUCAUGUCACUAAUGCUUGCUUACAGAGGGACUUCUGGCUCUGCAUCCAUCUACUUGAACUCAUACAGGCUUCUUCUCAGCCUCUGCGUUCUUCCAAGGUGCAUCAUAUGGCCCUGCCAUCCCUACGCACCAGGCAGUCUUGGUCCAUACUCUUCUUGUUUGUGGUUCCCUGGUGGUGGAACAAGCUACCAAACGUUAUCAGACCAGGGGCGUUCCUCUCUGUGUUCAAGAGUCUCGUGAAGACUCUCCUACUGUACUGAAGCUUGAGUGUGGUUCCUCACUUCUAAGUUACCAAAUGAGUAAAUGAAAUGAAUGCAAUGAGAAAUUGCAACUGGACUUUAUUUAUUUAGUUGGAGUUGAGAGCUGGAGAUGAAGAGAGGUUGUCUGUUUCCACUAGACUUGUUCAGUAAUCAGUCCACGGUUAUGUGUUCAAGUGUGUGCCAUUUUUAUCAAUACAUUCUUUGUUCAGUCUUUGAUUUUCCACUUCACAGUGACAGUUUGGAAGUCAAAAAUGAAAAAUUCAAUAGGCUGAGCCAUUUCCAUUAUGUGAUUUUUUUUUUUCAGUGUAGCUAUGGACAAAUACACAAUUUCAUAUAAAAAUUACUCUCUACUGAC